GUCACGUAAUGAUAUAAAAGUAGAAAGAAAAGAUUAUUAAAAAGGAAGAAAUGUAAAUGAAAGACGAGGGAAAAAAAAAACUUAGCAUCACAUAAUGAUAUAAAAGUAUAAAAAGAGAAAAGAAUAAAGAAGGAAACAGUGCAAAGGAAAAAUUAAGAACUGAAGCUCAUACGACACAAUGAAAUGCGAGUGAAAAUGAAGGAAAGAAGGAAGAAAGAAGAAAAAAUGAAGAAAAAUAUAAACAAAAGGCGAGGAAGAAGGGAAACUCGAUAACCUUGAAGCAGAUAAAGUAAAAGUGAAACUGAAAAAGAAACAAGGUGAAGGAGAUAAUAAUAAAACGAGAAAAUUAAAAGAAGCAGAUAAGGGUGAAGAGAAAAGAAGGAGAGGAAUGAAUUGCAAGUGAAAGGGAAGGAGAACGUUCGAAGGAGGUAGUAACAGAGAAAAAAAAAGUGUAAAAGAAGACGAGAAAAAUGAUGAAAUACUCCUAUGAAGGUGAAAAGAAAGAAAUAGAAAGAGGAAUGAAACAAAAGUGAAAAGGAAGGGAAACGAAAAGAUAUAGACAAGAAUGAAAAAAAAAAAAAGUCAGGGAACAACAUGAUUGCGUGUCGUGAUGAGCAACACACACACACACACACACACACACACACACACACACACACGACACCAACAUACAAGGUAAAAUGACUAACAAACUUGCGGAAGCACUGAAGGCAACACCAAGCACACCAUUACUAGAACCACCACCAAUAAUAGGCACAAACCAAUGCGGAAGAGGGAGAGUAACACAAGUAGUAAAAAAAAGAAGAAAAAAAAAGUUACCGGUCAGAAGGAAGAAAGAUGGGGCGAAGAAAACGAGAGUCUAAGCAAGACUACGAUGGCGGGAAAACCUACUAUGCAACUUUUUUUUUUCUUUUCGUGCUGCCCAACCCAUCUAAGCAUCCUGGUUAGCUGCUGUCCCUCCCUCCUACCCUCCCUGCUAGCCUGCUAUAUAUGCGGUACGGCCAUCAGCGAGGGUCAGAAGGUAUCCAAGCCGAGAUGAAGCAGUUCACAGUAAUCAUCGUGUUCAUCGGAGUGCUGGCCUUGGGCGCGGCCCUCCCUGCGCCAGAGCCCCUCCCCGUGGCCCUCCCCGCAGCCCUGCCAGAGCCCCAUGAAGAUUUCGGCUUCGGCGGACGUAGAUUUGGAGGAAGAGGAGGAGGCAGGUUCGGUGGCAGAGGAAGGUUUAGAGGUCGGGGAAGAGGAAGGUUUGGAGGUCGGGGAGGAGGAAGGUUCGGAGGAAGAAACAAGUUCGACGAUCAUGAUGACCACUUCGGCGGUGGCCACGGCUUCGGAGGACAUGGCUUCGGCGGACAUGGUUUCGGACACGGCGGUGGUGCUCCCCACGCCCACAUCUCUCUUGGACAAGGCGGCCUCAGCUUCCUCAUCCAUUAACACUCCCUGACGCCCCGUAUUGUGACUUUACUCGUAUAUAUACCUCUACCGACCACAGUUUCUUGUCUAUACAUUUUUUUUUUUUUUUAUAAUAAACGAGAAAUUAUCUUGAA